CGCACGCGCAACAGGACGCACCGGAUUAUUCUAGUGGAGGACAAACUUCCACUUCUGCUGCGGUGUCUGAACGAUCUGGAACCACCGAAGGACCUGUCUACUAAAGGAAUAGUCUGUGAAAGACAUGAAAGCGUGGAGAGUUCGGUUUCUUUACUUUGUGGUCUUGAGUGCAUGUGUGCAGUAUGUGACGUCCCUGGAAGAGGAGCUCUCCGAUUCUAUAUUUGGUAACUUUCUGGACCCUGUGAAAGACUUGUUUGACCAUAAAGAGGACAAUAAUGGAACCGUUGCCAAAUUCUCACUCCGUAAACCCGCUCAUCCUGACGACGACCUGUGCUACAUCGUUCCUGGAAAACCUGAAUCUUUAGCACUUUGCACCUUUAACAGCACCUCCAAAACUUUCUUAGUCAUCCAUGGCUGGACGCUCAGUGGAAUGUUUGAAAGCUGGGUAUCUAAACUGGUAUCAGCACUUUAUGAGAGAGAGCAGACGGCCAACGUCAUAGUGGUGGACUGGCUCAACUCGGCCCAGAACCACUAUGUGGUGGCAGCUCAGAAAACCAAAGCAGUGGGACAGGAGAUUGCUCGCUUUAUCGACUGGAUUGAGGAAACCACCAACAUUCCUCUUGAAAACAUCCAUCUGAUUGGCUACAGCCUUGGCGCUCAUGUGGCAGGAUUUGCUGGCAGCCAUGCAACCAAUAAAGUUGGACGAAUUACUGGUCUGGACCCGGCUGGUCCUGACUUUGAGGGUGAGCAUGCACAUAGGCGCCUCUCGCCAGACGAUGCUCACUUUGUAGACGUCCUCCAUACCUUUACACGGGGCUCUUUGGGUCUGAGCAUCGGGAUCCAGCAGCCUGUGGGCCAUGUAGAUAUUUACCCAAACGGUGGCAGAUUUCAGCCGGGCUGUAACCUCAGAGGAGCCCUGGAGAAGAUCGCUAACUUUGGAAUAUUUGCCAUUACAGAUGCAGUGAAAUGUGAACAUGAGCGCUCCAUCCACCUGUUCAUAGACUCCCUGCUAAAUGAAAAGGAUGCAGCCAAGGCUUAUCGAUGUGGCAGCAAUGAUGCGUUUGACCGCGGCAUGUGCCUCAGCUGCCGCAAAAGCCGCUGCAACACGGUCGGCUAUGACAUCAGCAAGGUCCGCAGGGCACGCAACGUUCAGAUGUACACCAAGACCAGAGCCAUCAUGCCUUUCAGAGUUUACCACUAUCAGCUGAAGAUUCACUUCUCCAGUAAGGUGAACCAGUCAGAGAUGGAGCCUUCACUCACUGUCUCACUUUAUGGAACCAACGGAGAGGCUGAAAACCUGGAGCUUAAACUGAAGGAGAAAAUAGCAACAAAUAAGACACAUUCAUUCCUGCUGGUGACAGAGAAAGACAUUGGAGAUCUGUUGAUGUUGAAGUUUAAGUGGGAGCAGACAAACGGUUGGUCAGCUGCCAACAUGUUGAAGAUGGUAUCUUCUUGGUGGUCUGGGGACCAGGAGGGCAGCGGCAUGGAGGUUCACAAAAUUCGAAUCCGGGCUGGGGAGUCCCAGCAAAAGGUGGUCUUCUGUUUAAAAGACCCAGAAACAAAGGACUUAACACAGGAGGUCACAUUUGUCAAAUGUAAGGAUGCUUGGAGGACGACCCCAAAAAGAACUCCAAAAAGAAUAAACCUGGACAACCAGAGAUCCUGAAGAAGCCUGUGUGCAAGCCUUUGACCUAUUUCAGCACUUAGUAAAUAAUUUAUACACAUGUAACUUAUUUUAUUUCUCAAAUUAUACAAAAACCGUACUGCCUUGUACAAUACAGUAGUAAGUCUGUUCUAUUUAAAACAAACACAUAGGUGAAUACUGUAUCAUAUUUUUGUAUAAAAGUGUUUUAUAAUAUGUUACUAAAAGUUCCUUUGUACUAAAAGUAAAUAACAUCGUCAUUGAGGUCUUUGUCGAUGGCCGGAUGUAGUGUCAUAAUUCUGGAGGUGCUAUUGUUCUAUUGUGUAAAAUACCUCGAGUUAAAUGUUCAGUGUGUGAUAUUCAGUGAUAUCUAGUGGUGAAUGUAACUCACUGAUCACCUUCUCAUCCUCACCUACAGUGGACACGAAAAAGCAUUGAAGUUUAUUUAGUUGAGAGGAUAUGAACUCUGGUCCAGACUCAAACAUAGUGGGUGACCAUAAUGCACCUUAACUCUGGAUGCCGCCCACGAUUAAACUGAAAAAUGAAGAAUUUCUCCCUAUUCUCUCUAAACAGCAUAAUGCUUGUUCUGUGUGAUUAUGCACUAAAAUAUUAGUGUUAUAUUCCAUUUCUGCAGUUAUAUCCUCUUAAUAUUGUACACACUGGACUAUUAAUUUUCAUAUUUACGGAAACCACUGUGAAAAAAGGUUUUGUGUUGUCCAUGGAUUUCUGCAGACUGUUGCUACUUCUCAAAGAGAAAAUGAACCUGACUUUAAGGUGAUUUUUUUAAGGUGUUUUAUGCAAUAGGGUACAAUUCAUGAUGUGUGUAUGAUAUAACUAAUGCAUAACCUAACAGAGCAUUCACCACUGUGGCUCUCAGCACUAUAUGUGACUGUGGGACAUAAAUCAGUGUGCCUUACAGUAAACAGUCACCAGACGUAAGCUGUUGCAAGUUAAACUUGUCUUGAUGAAGCUCUUUGUUCCAGUUUAUUUGACUUGAAUGUUCUAUUUUUUCAAACUGUUAUACAGACUUUUAUACUGAUUAGCUCUAAGAUGCAUAUUUUUCAAGAAACUUUUUACUGAACCAUCUAAAAGUGCAAAAGGUGUCUGGGUAAGGAGCUCAGUGAAACAUUUACAAAAUGUCCCACAGUUUGUCUGCAGUGGUUCUACGAAUGUGACUAAAUGUGAUACUGACUGUGAGGUUGAAACUACAUUUGACAUAAAUAUGGACAACGUCCUGUCUUGUCUAUGAUCAGAUUUGUGUGGCUCCAAUUACUUUGUUACAUAUGACUUCUCUAACGUAACUAGUGCUCUUCUGUUUCUAAUUACAUUUCCAGUUCUUGGUUCUUUUAGAGAUCGGUACUGUAAUCAUUGUGACUUCAUUUCCACCAUCUUUGGACAGUGGGAAUCUUUUACUUUUGCACUGAAAACAGACAAAGACAUUGCUAAAGCAGGUUACAUGUACAGUACUUUGGCUGUAAAUACCAUAAUGCACAUAGAUUUUCUAGUAUGGUACACUAAUAGUAGCUCUACAUUUAUUACCUUUGGAUAAAUGUAAUCUGUAAAUCAUGUAUUUCUUAUGAUCCUUUGUAUAUAUUUGUAAAUAAUGCAACUGUAUUGUGUAAAUUCUUGAAUAAAUAAACCAAAUCUGCCAUCUGAGAGGUCA